AAUUCUCUUUACUGGCAACUCAGUAAUAAAAAAAUGAACACCAAAUACCGAUCCUUGGCCCCACGCGAUUUUUUCCAGUGCAAAGUGAUAAAAGGCGUUAGUUUUUAAAUAGUUCUGCUGGGUUUCGCAAAAAUGUAUAAGAAUAAAAAGGACGUUGAUAAGCACGUAGAAAAUUUACUAUCUAAACUUACUCCAAAGGAGUUCAAAACGCGAGCAUUUUCCGUUGCGCGAUUGUAUUUCGAAGUGGGAGACUAUUCAAAUUGCCAGAAAUAUGUCGAGCAAUAUCUUACUCAGAAAGACAAUAACGCAGCGGCGUUCAAAUUACUUGGACAAGCUUUGCAGAAAUUGGGACAAAAAGAAAAGGCAUUAGAACAUUUUAGUACCUCAUUGGAUAUAGAUCCUGCACAAACCAGCACCAUCCUCGAUGUUUGUGAACUUCUCGCAGAUAAUGAUGUUGUUAUUGAACCUGGAAUAGGAAAGUUUUGGUGUGAGAGAGCUGAAGCUGCAUUCCCAAGACAUCCCAUAAUUUUUCGCCUACAAGAAAGACUUGCAACUGUUACAAAUACAGACCCAGAGGCACUAACCAAAUUAUUAACUGCUGAACUGGAAGCUAGACCAAAAGAUGCUCAACUUCAUGUCCGUCUCCUGAAGCACUACUUGCACAACAACAAAGUAAAGGAAGCUUUUGAACACAGCUGUAACAUUGAAUUUGGUGGAAAUACUUUCUUAAAUUAUUAUGCAUGGUAUGAAACUCUUGUUGAAAUUCUUAAAUAUCAGCACAAUGGCAAUGACUGGCUAUUUCAGCUAUUUAUCUUGACUAUAAGGGAAAAAAUAUGUAUGUUGAGUUUGACAGAAACCCCAAGUGGUACAUCUAAAAGUUUAGUUGAAUCAUGUGAGCUUUUACAUGCUUAUGAUCAAGCCAUAGAGAGUGUAGCCAAAUUAGGACCACCAUCGAGCUUUGGAGAAUUUCAUGGUAGUUUAGUACAACACCAUAGAGGGCAAUUCGCUCUCCAUGCAGCAACAUACUUGCUCAAAAAAGCCAAGAAAAACCAAUUAGGUUGGAGAGAUGCUGUGAAAUUGGCAGCUCCAUUAAUGUUGACUGCAUGGCACACAGUCCCACUGGAUCCUAAAGUAAAUUGGCUUAAACAUUCUCCAGAAAAACAAACAAAUGCUGUUAUUCGUUGGUACUCUGAAGGCACAUAUAGAUGUUCUCAAGCAGGACAUUAUCUAAUACAAUGUACUCAAGACAGAAGUCAAACAUUUUUAGACCAAAUUUCCCAAUAUUGUUCUGUCACUCAUUGGAAAGCUAAGCUUUAUGAAAACAUAUUUACCAGGCAAGAACAAUUAAUGAAAAUAAAAUCCUCACAUUUUGCAUCUAAUGAUUUUGCCACCCCGCCUCUUCGAUUACCUCGUAGAAUUGAAGUAGAAGCAUAUGAUGCUGAUGCACAAAAACAGUAUGGAAAUUCCUUACAUCAUUUUGUGUGGAUGCUUAUGAAUUAUAAAAAUUAUGCACAGUUUAAAUGCACACUUUUUGAUAUGCUAAAGCCAAUCAAGAACAAAGGUGGAUUGGAAACAUUGAAUAAAUUAGAUGUAUAUGCUUUCCUGUUCUGUGCCUGCCUUACAGCACAACAACAAAAAUCUCGUAAAGAUGUCUACAUAUCUAGUGAAAAACCAAAUUUGCUUCCAGCAAGCAUAACUGAUUUACUUUGCUCACUUACUCAGAUGAAAUGGUGGGAUUGUGUUUAUAAAUUCAGUCAGAAUACACUAGGGACUGAGUUAACAGACAUACGUUCAACUCUUAGUCGUGGUAUGGAAGUUGUGCGUUGUGUUGACAAUCAUGGUCUGGAUCCUGAACUUUUAUGCAUUCUUGGUCAAAUAUUUGAUAAAAUAGCACAAUCAACUACUAACAUUGAUGAAAAAACACAUGUAGAAAUGAGAGCUCAUUUGUAUUAUUCAUCUGCUAUACCAAUACUUGAAAAACUUAAAAGCAAAAUGUCUAUACAAAUUCCUGAAAUAAGGAUGUUUGAUUAUACACACAAAGAACUAGGUCCCAAAGAGCUUAAUACCUUAAUUGAGGAGAGCAAAUUGUAUGUGGCUGUUCGCUAUUUCAAUGAAUGUGAAUAUGACAAAGUCAUUGAAAUUCUGUCAAAUUUAACAUCACCUAAAGCUUACUACUAUAUUGCACAAACUUAUAAAAAUAUAGCAUUAGAAGAGAACAAUGUAUCUAAAGAUGCUACACCAGACACAAAUUUGAAGUAUGCAUCUUUGAUGAUGAAGGCAAAAAAUUAUGCUUAUAAAGCAUUAAAUAAAUUGAAAGAAACAGAAACAAGUCAAAUGCAACCAUUGUAUGUUGAUACUCAGGAAUUGAUUGAAAAUAUCCAGACUUAUUUGAAUAAAAUGGAUGUGGAAUUUUCUGAUGCUUUGAAUUAUGAUGCUGAUGAUAAAUAUCUAUCGGAUGAUAAUAUGUCAGAAAAUCCCUUACCUAUAAGAUUCCAACAUCUAAGAAAUAUUAGUUCAACCCCCAAACUUCAGCACAAAUUCAAUUCCACAAAUUACCGCACUGCUGUUGAAUCACACACAUUGAACAGGUCCCAUAUUGAUCAGCAAGUUCUGGAGAGAAUAGAGAGUGAAAUAAAGAAUUUGCAUAAAAGGGAUUUGACAAUAAAUGAAUUUAUGGAGCAAACGAAAAAUUGGUUUGAAGAAAAUCGAAGGUUUGGAAACCAGAUUAUGAGCACUAUUCAUUCUGAUAUUCAGAACACUACAGAUCAAUUUAAACUUCUAAAAAUUUCAAUAGACCAAGUAAAAGAUCAGAUAGAUGCCUGCAGAAAUGAAUGCAAAGAUGUUGGAGAAUUAAAGAAACAAAUAGCAGAACUUAAAAAAGAAGUUAAUAAAUUAAAAAAGUCUUCAUCAGAACAAACCAUUAAUGAGGGUGAUUUAUAUAAUUUGGAAGAUGAGUAUAGAACCAAUGAAAGUACUUCAACUUUUAGCACCCAAUUACCAUUUACACCUUCACAAGUAAUUCCACCUUUAAAUCAAAGACUUGUGCCGCCUUUCCAUGUUGCACCCAACCCAUACCAAUUGUAUGGACAAAGUCUUUAUAAUCUAUAUAAUCAGUAUUCUCAAUUUGCUCAGCCAACAUCGGUGGCGCAACCUAUUUUUGAUCCCACUAGACCUCAAGUAAACUAUUCUGGUGUGUAUCCUACCCCAGAUCAAAUGUAUUUAGAUGUAGCUCAUUUAGUUCCUCCCCCAAACGUCCCAACAGCGCCAAUAGUUCCCAACAUUCAAAUAGGUCACACCUUACAAUCAACAGCACCAACAAUUCCAGUUACAACAACUAUAGCUUCUGUUGCAACAACAACAGCGUCUGCCACCCCUACAUCACAUGCAACAACCAAAACAAAUAUUAAAGAAACAAGAGAAAUUCCUCGGUCAUUACCGGUUAAUGUUGUAAUCACAUCUUCUGAUCCAUUGCCUACUUGUACUACUGCACCAGCACCAAUACUUAGUGUUACAAUUCCUCCUAAGCAUAUAAAGGGAACUCCGCAUAAUUAUCAAAUACAAAUGCCAUCUGUAAAUGAGUCAAAAGUAAUUACACCACCUAUAUUCAGCUUCCCAUUGCAAGGUAAUAAAUCAAAUAUCACCACAUCAACUGUUACUUCAUCAAUAAAUUGGAAUCAAGCAACAACUUUCACUUCUGCUCAAAUUACUACGCCAACUAGCAUUAAUUCAAUGAACAAUGCUUCACCUUAUAAAAAUGGCAAAAAUUCACUUGAGGAAUCAAAAACUGUGGUAGAUGGCGUCAGUACUUCACCCAACACUAGCCUUAAUAAAUCUAGAACUCUAUCUGAAAGAAGUAAUACUUCAGUUGAAAAUUAUGAUCCCUGUCCAGACUUUAAACCAAUUGUACCAUUACCUGCCGAAGUCAAAGUAAGAACUGGUGAAGAAGAUGAGACAGUUAUAUUUGCAUCCAGAGCUAAAUUGUUCCGCUUCAUUGAUAAACAGUGGAAAGAAAGGGGACUUGGUGAAAUGAAAUUAUUAAAACAUAAUGUUACAGGCAAAGUCAGGGUUUUAAUGAGACGUGAACAAAUACAUAAAAUAUGCGCAAAUCAUAUUAUCUCUGGUGAAAUGGAAAUUAAACCAAUGAAAAAUGAGACAAAAGCUUAUUUUUGGGUGGCUAACGAUUUUGCUGAUGAAACUGUUGUUUUAGAAAAGUUUUGUAUUCGGUUUAAAACCGCAGACAUUGCUCACGAUUUCUAUACAACAUUUGAAAAAGCCAGACAAGAAUGUUCAACUGCAGUCACUCAAGAUAAUACAACAGGAAUGACAUCAACUACAACAUCUAGUUCUAAACCACUGGAUAAAGUUGAGACUCCAAUAAAAGAAAAAACCGAAUUUUCCUUCAUGCCUGGAAAAGCUGUGGUUGGUGGAUUUACAUUUAGUAGUACACCUACUUUCAAGCCCGUUAUUGAGAACAAAGCACCUGAUACAAAGUCUUUAGAGUCAACUCCAGUAAGUAAAGGAAAUGUAUUCAGUAGUUUAACUUUCAAAACUACUGCUUCCAGUGCUCCACUAAAUAACAUAUUUAAUCUUUCAUCUGCUACAGCUCCUAGCUCUAGUGUUGUAGCACAAACACAAAAAGAAGAAAAAACCAGUAAAUUAAAUACCUCUGACACUGUUGAAGAAUUUGAACCAACAAUUGAAUUUAGACCUGUUGUACCACUCCCAGCCUUAGUAGAGCAAAAAACUGGUGAAGAGGAUGAAAUUAUUUUAUUUGAACAUCGUGCCAAGCUUUUACGCUUAGAUCUAUCUACAAAAGAAUGGAAGGAGCGUGGGUUGGGUAAUAUUAAAUUGUUAGUUCAUAAAGAAAACAACCAAAAAGUUCGACUGCUGAUGAGACGAGAGCAAAUAAUGAAGGUUUGCUGUAAUCACUCAGUUACUAAGGACAUGAUAUUCCAAAAGAUGGCGAAUAUGGACAAAGCUGUAACAUGGUGUGCUAAAGACUUUUCAGAAGGUGAACUAGUGACUCAAACAUUUUGUUUAAGAUUUAAAAUGGUUCAGACUUGUAAUGCCUUUGUUGAAGCUAUAAAAUUGGCACAAUCUAAAAUGAAAGAUGAAUCAAAGGCAGCGAAAGAAGAGCAAAAUGUGGCUAAACAAAAUAAUCAGAUUGGGUUUGGUGACAAAUUUAAACCUAAAGAGGGCUCCUGGAAUUGCCAGACAUGUUAUACAAAUAAUUUAGAAAGUUAUCUGAAUUGUGGUUGCUGUGAACAACCAAAGCCACAAACUAGUACCAACCAGAUUCCUUCAGUAGACACUACCUCAAAAAAAACGACUACUGAUAGUGCUGUGGUAUCUGGUUGGGGAGAUGCUUUUAAAUGCAAGCCAGGGUCAUGGGAAUGUAAAUUAUGCUUCGUUUAUAAUGAUGCUAGUGUAGAAAAUUGCAUUGCUUGUGAAAAUCCCAAAGAAUUGGAAUCAGGUCCAAAACAGAGCACAGAUAACACUCGAAAGUUCAAUUUCUCAAUACUUAAAAAAGAUAGUUGUGAAGUUAAUAAAGAGUCUACACCAACACCUGCCAUAUUUGGUUGGGGUGAUCAGUUUAAACCAAAAGAAGGUACUUGGGAAUGUAAGAAUUGUUUUAUUAGAAAUGAAAGCAACACUGUCAACUGCAUUGCCUGUAAAAUUUCUAAAGAUCCAGUUUCAAACAAGACAGAGAAUGACACUGUAAAGUUCACAUUUGGUAUUCCCGCAUCUAAUAUACAAAAUAAUGGAAGUUCCACUUCAAUAUUUGAUGGCACUGGCACACAUAAAUUCAAAUUUGGAAUUCCAUCAACUGUAAAUGAUGCGGCAGUUAAAUCCAGCCCUGAAAACGUAGUAAAUCAGUCAUCAUCUAUAUUUACUACACCAAAAGCAAGUGCAGAAAAUGAACAGCCCCUCAAUUUUACAGUAAAAAAGAAUGAUGAAGAUAAUAAGGUGGACAUAAUUCCUAAGGCAUCAUUACUGCCUACUCCACAAACAGACAGUCAUGUGUCAUUUGGUGCUAAUGAAAAUGCCACAUUUAGUUUUGUCUUUAAACCUAAAACUCCUAUCAAAAGUAAAAGUCCAAUGAAGUCUCCAAAAAGUCCUGGUGAAGAGAGUGAUAGCAAUGAAUAUGCAGUUGAAGAUGAAGGUCACCACAUUCAUUUCAAUCCUGUUAUACCUAUGCCAGAGAAGGUGGAGGUUAUAACUGGGGAGGAAAAUGAAAUUGAACUUUAUGGCCAUAGAGCAAAACUAUAUCGGUUUAUUGCAGGAGAGUGGAAAGAACGUGGUAUAGGCAUUGUCAAGAUAUUAAAACACAAAGAAACAGGCAAAUUAAGGGUGGUAAUGCGAAGAGAACAGGUACUGAAAAUUUGUUUAAAUCAUGCAUUCACUCCUGAAAUUACAUACACACCGAAAGAUGAGAAAACUUGGCUUUUUGCUGCCAAUGAUUUCAGUGAAGGAGAAUUAAGUUUACAACAAUUCUGUUUGAGAUUUGCUAGUAAAGAAAUUGCAUUAGAAUUCAAAAAAGCAGUUGAUAAAGCAAGGGACGUAAAGCCUGUAGAAGGCAAAGAUGAGGCAGAUAGAUAUAGUGAAAGCAAGGACAACAAUGACGAAAAAGAUACGCCUAAUGAUGAUGUAAUCUUUGUUAGCGAAAUAACAGCCAGUGUGGAAGAAAAACAAAAAGCCAAAGAGCUCAUGCUUCCAGAAAACUUUUAUACAUACAAAAAUAAACCACCGUGUCAAGGUUGUCGUGGUUGCAAAGAAGAUAACGGCGACGCUAAGUCAGAUUUGCCACCUAACACAUCGACUGAAAUGAUAACCCCAGGCACAACACAACUUUUGACCACACCAGUGAAAUCUUUAACAACACCAUUCCAGAGCCCUGCUAGUUCUAUGUAUGGCACACCAUCGAAUCCCGAAAAAACCUUUGAUACAUCUAUAUUUCGAACUCCUUUAAGUACAAGUGGUUCUAACUCAAAGCCUACUGUGCCUGCAACAGUGUCGUUUACGGGAAGCGAUACAAAUAAAGAAAAUACAUUUAACCAACAUGCCACCAUUUUUGCUAGAUCCAUGGACCAAAAAGCAGGAUUUGAGACGCAAGAAAGUAAACCGUGUACCUUGUUUGACGCAGGCGACUCCCAGAUUACUAAUACUAAGACUUCGAUAAUUGCACCACCAAAACUAAACAUAAUUACCACACCACCUAAGAGUGAAAGUACUGAAAGUAAAGCUCAACCAGAACCUGUCAAGCCAAUAUUUAGCGAUGCUAAGUCACUAUUUAGUAAUGCUAAUUUAAGCACUUCAAGCAAUAAAUCUAUAUUUGAUUAUUCAAAUGAUAAAAAGGCAGAUAGUGCAAAUGGAGAAGUAAGAUCUAUAUUUGGUGAAGAAAGCCAGAAAUCUGUUAACAUCUUUGGCAGUUCAACUCCAGGAAGUAUAUUUGGCUCAGGGGCUAUUGUGGGUAACAUUAUGAAACCUAGCCCCAGUAUCUUUGGCUCAGGUGCAGGGUCCACAUUUGGUGCCUUGGUGUCUCAAAAUAAAGAAUCUGAUAACAAGAGCAUCUUUUGCAACACUGAACAAAAACUUAAAACAAAUACUGUAGAUGAUAAGAAAUCAGAAAAUAAUAAGUCUCUUUUUGAAAGUGGGUUAUCCUAUGAAGCUUUAUCAUCCACUGCCACUAGUGCCUGUUUCCAAAAAAAAGCUGAUUUUCAAUGGGAGGGUGCUGGGCAGCAACUGUUUGGUGGAAUUCGGAAAAGUCCCGGAGAUGGAUCUGGCGACAAAGCAAAAAGCGAGACUGGUGCAGGAGAUGACACUUACAGGACAUCCGGUGCAGACGAGGAAUACGACCCGCAUUAUGAACCAAUAGUGCCGCUGCCCGAUAAGAUAGUCGUAACUACAGGCGAGGAAGAUGAACAAAAAAUAUUUGGUGAACGUUGCAAGCUAUUUCGCUACGAUCACAAAACUCGUGAGUGGAAAGAGAGAGGUGUAGGAGAACUGAAAAUUCUGUAUCAUCCAGAAAAAAAUACAUAUAGACUACUGCUACGAAGGGAACAGGUGCUAAAAGCCGUUUUGAAUAUGCUGCUGUUCAUGGACUUGGAGAUGUUCCCCAUGAAGACUUCGGACCGAGCGUGGAAUUUCGUUGGCAUGAACCACGCAGAAACGCCAUCUGGCGAAACCGAAACACUCGCCGUCAGAUUCAAAUCUGUUGAAUUGGCCAACACCUUCCAUGAGAAGGUCACUGAAUGUAUAAGAAAAUUACAAGCGGCGGCUGCCGCCUCAGUAAGUGAAUCAAAGGAAGCUACAGUCACACCUGCUCCGUUAUUGAGGCUACCUAAGCAUUUAGAGGACAGUGCUAGAGCUGACAGCGUUAUAUCGUCUAAAUCAGAACAACCCCUACAAAGCACAGCAACUGUCUCGGAACCUGCAACAACCACAGUAAAGACUGAACAGAAUGUUGGCAGUGGGGAGAAAUCAUUGCUGACAGAUUAUUUUAAACAAGUGCACUUCCAAGAGCCGGGUGUGGAGGAGGAGCACUACGAAGAUGAGGAGGAUUAUGAACAUGAUUAUGAUCACAAUGAUUACGACGCUUAUUAUAAUGAAGAGGAGGAAGAAGACGAGGAAUCAGCUGCGUACUAUUCGUGCGACGGCGAGGCGACUAUUAGGCAGGGCGACAUUGAGAGCAAAUGCGAGCAGGCGCGCAUCAUAGUUACCUACGAUCAGGAGAUCUACUCGCCCAAGAUCCUCGUCACCGAUGCCCUCACCGGGGAGGUCAUAGCCGACAUGCUCAUACAUACAGAUACGGAGUUUCUGUUAUCAGGCGAGAGCUGCACGUGGUCAGGCACCGACUUCACCAGUAAUGAUUCAAUCAAGAAGACCGUCAGUGUGAACUUCUACGACAGCGACAUAGCCAUGCGAUUCUACGAUAGUUGUGAGACCAGUAAGGCUGCAACAUAUUCUUCAACGGAUCCCGAAUCUUAGUAAACUUUAAUUUAGGAUAAAAAGUAUUUUAAUAUUUAAUAAUAAUUCUAUUUUCGAUUUAGUAUGUAGACCCAAUAAUAUGUAUUGAUAUUGGGGCUGAGAAAAAGUUUGAAUUUAUUUAGAAUUCCAUUGUUGCUACCAUUAUUCAUUAUUAGAUGGCAAAUAAUUUCGAUAACAUUGCUAAAAUAUAGCCAUAAAUGUGAUUGUGUCGUGAUUGUCGGUACAUUGUUAUAAAACUACACGAAGGAAUUGUGAAACAUGUUAAUUAUAUCUCGAAGCGCUUGUUUAUGCGAGCCACGGUCAGUGUACAUUAUUACAAUAGUUUAAGUUUAUGAAUAACAAAUAUAAUUAUGUUCACUUUACGGGAGUGCGAUUUUGUUUUUGUGGCUACAAAGUUAUAAACGAGCGCUAGCUAUAUAUUUUAUUGUGCUAGUUUUGUUUCUCUAGUGUUUGUAACAACCACAAAGAGGUCUAACCAAUGUUUGUUUAUAUUUUGACAUUGAAAUAACUACUUUGAUAAUACAAAGUUUAUAAUUUUAUUGUGUAUUUAGUAAAUUAUUUAAUAUUCAUGUUCCUAGUUGGUUAGAUCUUUUUGUACUUUUUAUUGUUUUCUAUUUUCAUGUAGCUGCGAUUUAUAGAGAUACAGAUGAUCCUUAGUUUUUAAAAAUAUAAUAAUCAGUGAUGAUUUAUUACUUAAUUCAUAAUUUUCAGCAAAAUCCAGUGGUAUUGCAUGAUCAACAAUUUUGAAAUUUUUAUUACGACGCUCCCGUUGAUCAUGGAAAAAUGUGAUAUUUUCUUUCUUUAAGACUGCAAAUUACUUUGUAUUUACAAUAAGUUCAUUAUGUGGUAUGAUGACAAAAUAUUAUGAAUUUAGUAAGCAAAUCCUUUGGAUAUAAAAUGAGUAAAGGAUUAAUAAUUAAAAAUGUGAUUAAUCGAUUAAGUAUUCGUUCCAAGUGUCGUUCUGCUGUAUUUUAUCUCAAUAAUAUGUAUAAUAUCCUUUCCUCAUUUUGAAAGUUUAAAAUGUGACAUUAUUAUUCUGGAAAUUUAAAUAAAUGUUAGUAACCAAA